UUUGGUGGGUAACGUGUUGUUGAUUUUUCUUCUGUUGACGAAAAUAUGUCUGAGGCCAAACUAAUUUCAGGUACACAAGUGGCCAAUGAAAUACGUGAAUCGUUAAAGCAACAGGUGUCAGAAUGGAAAAAUAAUUUACCAGAUUUUGCUCCCGGUUUACGAAUUGUCCAAGUCGGUGGUCGUGAGGAUUCCAAUGUUUAUAUACGCAUGAAAAUUAAAGCUGCCAAUGAAAUUGGCAUCGCUGUGGAACAUGUUAAAUUGCCAAGGACUGCCACAGAAUUAGAAUUGUUAGAUAAGAUCAACUUCCUCAACAAUGAUCCCAAUGUACAUGGCAUCAUUGUGCAAAUGCCUUUGGAUUGUGAGAACAAAAUCGAUUCACACAAAGUAACCGAUGCCGUUUGUCCCGAAAAAGAUGUUGACGGUUUGCAUACCAUGAAUGAGGGUCGUGUAUCGAUCGGUGAUUUGGGCGGUUUUAUGCCCUGUACUCCUUGGGGUUGUAUUGAGUUGAUCAAACGUUCGGGUGUGCAAAUUGCUGGCGCCAAUGCUGUAGUUUUGGGACGCAGUAAAAUUGUGGGUACACCGGCUGCUGAACUCUUGAAAUGGCAUCAUGCUACUGUGACUGUUUGUCAUUCGAAGACCAAGAAUAUUGAUGAUAUUUGCCGCACUGCUGAUAUUUUAGUUGUGGGUAUUGGUGUACCAGAAAUGGUUAAAGGAUCAUGGAUUAAGCCAGGUGCAGUGGUCAUUGAUUGCGGUAUUAAUGUUAAGCCAGAUCCCAGCAAAAAGAGCGGUACACGUUUAGUGGGUGAUGUUGAUUUUGAAGAAGCCAAAUUGGUAGCAUCUGCUAUUACCCCUGUACCCGGUGGUGUUGGUCCCAUGACUGUUGCCAUGUUAAUGCAAAAUACUGUGCGCUCUUCCUUUACAGCAGCCGAGAAAUUGUUGAAAAAAUCAUGGGAUUUAUCGCCCUUGACAUUGAGACCGAUUAAGCCAGUGCCAAGUGAUAUUGUUGUUGCUCGUUCCCAGACUCCCAAGGAUAUUUCAUUGUUGGCCAAGGAAAUCGGUUUGAUAGGUAAUGAAGUGUCUUUGUAUGGCAACAAGAAGGCCAAGAUUGCUUUAAGUGUUUUGAAACGUUUGCAGCCAAGAGGUGAAGGUGCCUAUGUUGUGGUUGCUGGCAUCACACCCACUCCCCUGGGCGAAGGUAAGAGUACCACCCUUAUCGGUUUAGUACAAGCCCUAUGUGCCCAUAAAAAUCGCAAUGCUAUUGCCUGUAUGCGUCAGCCUUCACAAGGUCCCACUUUUGGUAUUAAGGGUGGUGCCGCUGGUGGCGGUUAUGCCCAAGUCAUACCCAUGGAAGAAUUUAAUCUCCAUCUUACUGGUGAUAUUCAUGCCGUUACAGCUGCCAACAAUUUAGUGGCCGCUCAAUUGGACACACGUAUUUUCCACGAGAACACCCAAAAAGAUCAGGCUCUUUACGAUCGUCUAGUGCCCCGCAUUAAGGGCGAAAGGAGAUUCUCGAAAAUCCAACUUAGACGUUUGGAACGUUUGGGUAUUCACAAAUCCGAUCCUGAUAGCCUAACUGACGAAGAAAAGGGCAAAUUUGCCCGUUUAGAUAUUGAUCCUGAGACCAUUAUGUGGGAACGUGUGGUUGAUAUGAAUGAUAGGUACUUGAGACAAGUAACUAUUGGUCAAUCCGGCACAGAGAAAGGCUUCACACGUACUACCUCAUAUUCCAUAUCGGUGGCUAGUGAAAUUAUGGCGGUUUUGGCUUUGGCCAAAAACAUGCAGGACAUGAAGGAGAGAUUAUCCAAAAUGGUGGUGGCCUUCGAUCGCAAAGGUAAUCCUGUGACAGCUGAUGAUUUGGGUUGUACCGGUGCUUUGACUGUGUUGCUUAGGGAUGCCUUAGAGCCCAAUCUUAUGCAGACUUUGGAGGGUACACCUGUUAUGGUGCAUGCUGGUCCAUUUGCCAACAUUGCUCAUGGCUGUUCUUCGAAUGUGGCCGAUGAGAUUGCCUUGAAAUUGGUGGGUGACGAGGGUUUCGUUUGUACUGAAGCUGGUUUCGGUUCGGAUAUUGGUAUGGAGAAAUUCUGCAACAUUAAGUGCCGUUCAAUGGAUCGCAGUCCAAAUGCUGUUGUUUUGGUGGCCACUGUUAGAGCAUUGAAAAUGCAUGGCGGUGGUGCUCCCGUAACACCAGGUGCUCCUUUGAAUAAGCAAUACACUGAAGAGAAUUUGGAAUUGUUGGAGAAGGGUUUACCCAAUUUGUACCAACACAUUUCGAAUGGUCGCACUUUUGGUUUGCCCGUUGUGGUGGCCAUUAAUCGUCAUAGUGCUGACACUGAUGCCGAGCAUGAGUUGGUUAAAGCUGCUGCCCUUAAAGCUGGUGCCUUUGCUGCUGUGGUAUGUUCACACUGGAGUGAAGGUGGUACUGGUGCUACUGAGCUGGCUGAAGCCGUCAUUAAUGCCUGCAAAGAUUCCAAGAACUUCAAAUUCCUUUAUGACAAUGAGAUGUCUCUGCUGGAUAAAAUGAAUACUAUUGCCCAAAAUAUGUAUGGAGCCGCUAAAGUAGAAUUAACACCUAAAGCACAAAGUGCUAUGGAAAAAUUAACUAAUGCUGGUUUUGGCAAUUUACCAAUUUGCAUGUCUAAAGUAGCAGGUUCCCUUACCGGAGAUGCUGCCAUUAAGGGAGCUCCUAAAGGUUUCACUUUGACUGUCAGCAGCAUGCAUGUAUCAGCUGGUGCUGGUUUUGUGGUAGCCAUGUGUGGUGAAAUCACUAAAAUGCCCGGUUUGCCCACGCGUCCCUGUAUCUAUGAUAUUGAUUUGAACACCGAAACUGGUGAAAUUGAGGGAUUAUUUUAAAAAAGCAGAACUCCAAAUUAUUUGUGUAUUUGUGGACUAAACUAAAUAGGUUUUUUUGAUAUAAUUAUUCGUUUCUAUUUAAUAAGUUGAUAUUUUUGUAAAAUUUUAAUAAUUUUUGUUUUAAAUGUACUGUGUAAAUAAAUUGUAUAAUUUGUUUUAAUAACGUUUUAUAUCCAAA